AUGGUCGAGGGCGAGCACGAAGCUGGGCGGGUGCCGGGCGCUGGCGGCGACGCGGCGCUGCACGCGCAGGGCGAGACGGUGGAGCAGGAGGCGGGCGAGGCGUUGUCGGCGGGCGGUGUGGGCGGCCAGCGCGUGAACCUCACGGAGACGGUGGGCGGGACGGCGACGCGGCGGUACCUCAACGAGCAUGUGACGGAGGUGCUGCUGCAGGGCAUGCGGCGGAUCGCAGUGGAGAAGCCCGCGGACCCGCUGCGGGCGUUGGGCGAGUUCCUGCUCGCGGAGAGCGAGCGGCGCAGAAGCAAGUAG